AUGGCAGAUACCGACGCGGAUGAUGACCUGAGACUUUUUCACCGUGUACGAAUCUUACAUCCAUUUUCCAGAAGAGCAGUAACACAUUUAUCCAGAAAUUCUGAUAAAGAAUCUCCAAAGCCAAUAGUCCCCCUAGGGAAUGUUGCAAAGCCAACAUAUACCACGAAAUAUAUUGAAGUGGGAAACAAAAGAAGAGAAAGAAGAAAUACCAUGCGCGAAGCCUACGCGCGUUUUUAUUAUUAA